CACAUCUCUUUUUCUCAAUCACAUGCUCCAAACAAAAAAUUGUUGUGGAUGAGAUUCGAGAACUUUGAUUACCUCGUUAAUUUUGUCUGGCGUCAUCUCUUUCAUGAGCUUCUCUUCUGUUCUUCUGUUCUUCGAUUUUCUCCUUUAUUCUCCUAAUUUCCCCCCCCCCUCCCUUCUCCAAUUCUUCUUCCGUUGCUUAUUUCAAUUCCUUGGGAUUGCUUGAUUCGCUAAUUUCGGUGAAUUGAGUUACUUGGAAUUGCGAUUGGAUUCAAAGCAAUAGAAUCGGAAAUCGCAUUGGGGAGGACCCAAUUAGAUAGUUGAAAUGAAGUUUUGCAACAACGGAGGAUUAAAUAAGAGUUGAUGGAAAAGCCAGAAAAUUCCAGCAAACCUGAGUCAACAGUUCCUAGUAGUGGUACUAGAGUUGGUGGUGCCUUCUGGAAUGUUGUUGGCUUUUCAGGAAUUAAGAAGAGAGGUCAUGGGAGUCGUUCAUGGAUAAGGAUUGAUCAUAAUGGGAACGCAAAAGUUUUGGAGCUUGAUAAGUCUACGAUUAUGAGAAAUUGCUCCUUGCCUUCUAGAGAUCUUCGGCUUUUGGACCCCUUGUUUAUCUACCCUUCUGCUAUAUUGGGCAGAGAGAAAGCUAUUGUGGUAAACUUAGAGCAGAUCAGAUGUGUAAUAACAGCUGACGAGGCUUUUGUGAUGAAUUCUUUGGAUGGCUCUGUCAUGCAGUAUAAGACAGAAUUGUGCAAUCGACUACAAAUGAACAGGGACCAAGCUGAUGAAUUGCCAUUUGAAUUUAGAGCACUCGAAUUGGCUUUGGAGCUGACUUGCACAUCUCUGGAUUCCCAGGCUAAGGAAUUGGCUUCAGAAAUACGUCCUGUGCUCGACGAAUUGGCAUCAUCUAUUAGCACCCUGAACCUGGAACGUGUCCGCAGAUUCAAAGGCAACCUCCUUGGUUUGACUCAGCGAGUGCAAAAGGUGCGUGACGAAAUUGAACAUCUCAUGGAUGAUGAUGGUGAUAUGGCAGAGAUGUACCUGACAGAGAAGAAAGAGAAAAUGGAGGAUUACAUGUCAAAUGAUUCAGACAUAGAAAAUGUUCCAUCAGCGGGCCAUAAAUGGGUAUCAAAAUCUGCCCCAGUUUCACCUGUUGCACCUGUUUCUCCUGGGACCGUAAUAGUUGGAUCCCAGAAGUUGCAGAGGGCUUUGAGCAGUAUUACGGGAUCUAGCAGGCGUGAAAGCUUUACAACAAGUUCAUCCAGUCAGAAAGAAGACAUUGUUGAACUUGAGAUGUUGCUUGAAGCAUAUUUCGUUUUCAUUGAUCACACGCUUAGCAAAUUGUCAUCGCUUAAAGAAUACAUUGACGAUACGGAGGACUUGAUAAACAUCAAACUGGGAAAUGUUCAGAACCAGCUAAUACAAUUCGAAUUGUUGCUGACAGCAGCAACAUUUGUCGUUACAUGUUUUGCCGUAGUCACUGGUGUCUUCGGUAUGAAUUUCGUGACCUCGGUCUUCGAUAAUCCAUUUACAUUCAACUGGGUUUUGAUCAUUAGCUGUACUAGCUGUGCGAUCUUAUACUUUUGCUUUUUGGUUUAUUUCAAAGGGAAGAAAUUGGUCCCUGUUUAGAAGCGCUUUGCAUAUACUUAUACUGUAAACUACAACUCGUUUUGGUCAUUUAUCAAUUCAAGAUUUUAACCA